AUGGCUGGUACCGACGAUCCCUUUCGAGACCCUCUGCUUGAUUCCACUCCUUCGCAGCCGCCCAUGAAUGCGAAUCCGUCGCUCAACGUCCCUGACACACUCGCUGUUGGCAGAAAUGCUUCCUUGACUCUUGGAACCGAUUCCCUCAUUGUCCUAGAUGAAGCGCUUCUAGAGAGUAAAAGCGCCGGCUGCUGCGGCCUGUCUCUUGCUGGCAAGAACAAAUCCACUCGUUCCAUACCCUUUUACAACAUCCUCUGGGCCGAGCACUCCGAGGACGGCCAGGUCACGAUACAAUAUGCGCAGACCCUGUCCAAGAAAGCCGUGCGUCCCGCAAUCGUUAGUUACGCCCUGGACAAACCCGACAGUCGCUUGACGGAAGCUUGGAUAGAGAAGCUACUCUCGCGCGCCUACGGGCCCUCGCAGCGACGCAAGCGAAUCAAAGUACUCGUCAACCCUUUUGGCGGACAAGGCGGCGCCGUCAAAACCUACCACAAGCAGAUUGCGCCCAUCCUGGCGGCCGCGCGGUGCGACCUCGACGUCGAGAAGACGACACACAACGGGCAUGGCGUAGAGAUUGCACAGAGCCUCGACAUUGAAGCGUACGAUGUCGUCGCGUGCUGCUCGGGCGACGGCAUCCCGCACGAAGUGUGGAACGGGCUGGGCAAGCGCGCAGACGCUGCACGCGCGCUGCACAAGAUGGCCGUCGCGCAGCUCCCCUGCGGCUCUGGCAACGCCAUGAGCCUCAAUUUCAACGGCACCGACGACCCCAGUCUCGCGGCGCUGGCUGUCGUAAAGGGGAUCCGCACGCCGCUCGAUUUGUCGAGCGUGACGCAGGGAGACCGCCGCACGCUGUCGUUCCUCUCGCAGGCGGUGGGUAUCGUGGCCGAGACGGAUCUGGCGACGGAGCAUCUGAGGUGGAUGGGUGCAGCGAGGUUUACCUGGGGGUUUUUGGUCCGUCUUGUGAGCAAGACGUGUUAUCCGGCUGAUAUCGCGGUCAAAGUCGAAUACGACAACAAGACUGCCGUGCGGGAAGCGUAUCAGAACGAGGCGAGUAAACCACCGCCCAGUUCCGAUGAUGAGCGCAUUGUGCCUACGCCCGAUACCGGUCUUCCAGCCCUGAAAUAUGGGACCGCGAACGACCCUUUGCCCGCUGGUUGGCAACUCAUCCCGCACAACACGCUUGGAAACUUUUACGCGGGCAACAUUGCAUACAUGUCUGCCGACGCGAACUUUUUUCCGGCUAGCUUGCCGUCAGACGGCUGUCUAGAUCUGAUUCGUAUCCGUGGCGAUAUUGCGCGGCAUACCGCUAUCAAGACGCUGCUUGCGAUUGAAAAUCACACGUUUUUUGAUCUGGAACAUGUGGAUUAUACCAAAGUGAGCGCGUAUAGGAUUAUUCCUAAGAAUCAGAAGGAUGGGUAUAUUAGUAUUGAUGGGGAGAGGGUGCCGUUUGAAGGGUUUCAGGUCGAGGUGCAUAGGGGGUUGGGGACGGUGUUGAGUAAGAGUGGGCAUUUGUGUGAGGCGAGGGGGGUGUGA